UUAACCUCUUGCCGUCCGCCUGCUGUUUAUAAACGGCAGGGCGGUGGCAGUCCAGGGGUGGGUUGCCCACGCACCACCGCGAUCCGGUGCCCGCUGUGUCCUCCGGGACACAGUGAAACACUGAUCGUCGGACGGGACCUCUGUACGAGGUCCCGAUCAUGUGAUCACUGAUUGGCGAAUCAGUGAUCACAUGCAAAGUAGUAAGCAAGAUGUCACUUGUGACAUCAUUGCUUACUACGUGUGAAAUCUGUGAAUGAUCACAGAGGUCACAUGGUACAAGGC